AUGAAAUCAUUGACAAGAUAUGCUCCCAGAAGCGUUUCGAAUUUGCAUGAGUGGAAACACAUUUCGAAUCUCAAAUUAGCCGAUAAUGAUCCUACCGGAUCAACGCAGAUAGACCUCAUAAUCGGAGCUGACUUAUACAAUCAAGUACUCAUUAAUGUGCAGAAUGGACCAGUCGGGCAACCAGGCGCCAUACAAUCACAUUUUGGGUGGAUCUUGUCAGGAACCACAUCUGUUCCAAGUCAUAUCGAACAGAACACUUGCGUAGUUGGUUCAACCUUUAUUUCAUCGCUCGCGUUAAACAAAAAUCAAGGUUCACGAGUUUCUAGAUCAAAUCAAAGAUAUCAAGUGGUCGCUCAUCAUUGUUCGUUAGAAUAUCAAUUACGUAAAUUUUGGGAGAGCGAAGAAACGCCUCAAUUUAGACAACUCCCUCCCGAGGAUAAGAGCUGUGAAGAGCACUUCCAGCGAACUCACUCGAGAACAGCAGAUGGAAAAUAUAUUGUGCGUCUUCCUUUUCGCGAAAACCUUCCAAUUAAAAUAGGCGAAUCCCGAGAAAUAGCGGCGCGUCGACUUUCUUCACUGAUUCACAAACUUAAAAGUCAACCCUCUAUUACUUCAGAGUAUUGCGAAUUCAUGCGCGACUACGAAGAUCUAGGGCAUAUGCAACCCGUUCCUCCCGUAGAAACUCAUCACUCACAAGUCGUGUACAUCCCGCAUCAUCCAGUUAUCCGAGAGGCAAGCUCCACUACUCGUUUAAGGGUUGUCUUCGACGCGUCCUGCAAGACGACCAACGGAACUUCUCUCAACGACCACAUGCUUAAAGGUCCUAAGUUGCAAACGGAUUUACAGGCCGUUAUAUUGCGUUGGCGACAAUAUAAAUUCGUCUAUUCCGCGGAUCUAGCCAAAAUGUACAGGCAAAUUCUCGUCGAUCCAAGAGACCGAGACUAUCAGCGCAUAUUGUGGAUCGACAGUAACUCAAACAUUCAAGAAUAUCAAUUACUUACAGUCACUUACGGUACCGCUUCAGCUCCAUUCCUUGCGCUCCGAGUAAUUAAUCAAUUGAAUGAAGACGAAGGUCCUUCUUUUCCGUUGGCUUCCGCCAUUUUGCGCGAUAACAUCUACGUUGACGACGUACUAUUCGGAGCAAAUGACAUUUCGCAGCUAAGACAUUCGUAA